AAGAAAAUGAUGGCGCUUUUUCUCCUUUUGCUGACCAUGGCCCUGGGUUUGAAGAACGUUCAUUCCCUGGACUGUUACAGGUGCAAUGUCACGACGUACAGUGGGUGCACCUACGUCGUAAACUGCUCUGAAACACAGAAGUUCUGUACAAGAUACACCUCUACUACCACAUCUGGCUUUGUGCUCCAGCAAGGCUGCGCGGAGCGUUGCCCCAUUGUCAGAGGUACUUGGCCGAAGCUAUACACUUUUACCUGCUGCCAGGAGAGUAGGUGCAACGGAGUAGCGGGCAUCGGAAGAUACAGUUCUGCACUAAUCAUGAUCACUGUCCUGAGAGCUCUCUCCUAGAACUGUGUUCCAGUGGCAAGAAAGCACAGUCUCUGCCGAGCCAGGAAGGCGUGGGGGUUUCCAUUUCGCCAACUUCUCACCACUGUGGCUGAGAGAAUCCUGACUCUUGCCAACAAAACGACUCUCGUUUUCCGUUCCUGGGACGCCUUCCGAAUAUUUCCUCCGUAGACGGAACGCGGUAGGAAUGGACGUCCACCGGGGAGUGGUGUAUGCAGACUGCUUUGCAACAGGAGAGUCUCGGAGGCUUUGGUAGAAUCAGGCGACCCAACAGCGAAGAAACCUGAUCACCGUCUGCCUAACGACCUCAAGGUUGGCUCAAGAGGAUACCAAAUAUACAGCUGAGACCUAAUGGUCCAAGGCGGAUGGGAAGACAAUGGCCAGAUGUACGUCUUUCUCCGUAGCAUAAAUCUUUUGGCUUGACCCAUGUCUCCUUCUGUAGAUCGACACGUGUGGUAGUGCCAGAAAAAGAUGGGAGGAGAACAGCAUCCAGUAUUUUCUCCACUGCCAAGGGAGAAAAAAAUGUCAGUCUACUGAGGCAGACAGGCUGGCUUAAGGAAGGGUGAGUUCAACCUAGAACUUCAGUGGAACUCUUUUCAUGAAAGAAAUGCCGUGGGAAGAACUAAGG